UCUUGUCGAUGGUGGAGGGUGAAAGGUUGGGUUUUUUUACCAAUUUCGCUUUUAAAUCGACUUCAAAAUUUAUGUAGCACGUACAUUUUUAUAUAUAAAUAGGUUUUUAACCAUUUAGAUUUAGGUCAUACGGAAAAUGAUUGAUGUGAGUCCACCGAAUCGCCUAAACGAUGAGUAUAUUAUAAACAAUAAUAUAGCGUCAAUUUACAACCAGAGACCGUUUUACCCAACCCAUGACACCAAAACCAUGCAUGAGAUCAUACCAGGAGUGUACUUAGGCCCUUUCACCGCAGCCCAAAGGAACAUCCUCCUCGAGAACGGCAUUAAUCACGUAAUUUGCGUUCGACAGGAGUACGAAGCGCACUUCCAACCGAUAAGAAACGACCCCGCUAUCGAAUGCCUCACCUUAAACAUCGCCGAUAAUGUAACAGAGAACAUCAUAAGGUUCUUUCCCCGAGUCAGGCAAUUCAUAGACGAAGCCCUAUCUAACAAUUGCAAGGUUUUGGUGCACGGAAACAAAGGCAACUCGAGGAGCGCCACGCUCGUUUUGGCUUACAUAAUGGAGAAAUUCGGUCUCAGCUCGAGCGAAGCGCUGCAACUGGUGAAGGCCAAGAGGGCUACGGUGGAUCCGAACGAGGGUUUCAGGGCGCAGCUCGUCGAGUAUGAGCCCAUAUACAAAGCGCGCCAAAUUCUGGCUAACGGAGAGACCUCUUGCGACUCGAGAUCCAAGAGGAAAUGCGAACAGUUAACCGAAACGGUGGAUUACAAUGUUAUUCAAAGGCCCCCGACGCCCGACACGGACAUCGCUAGUGAAACGGGUGUAAGGACGUGUGAGGAUUUUUCGGAUCACCUUUAUAGGCUUCUAAGGGGCAGCUAAAGUUGUUGAAUAACGUGCGAAGGAUUCGUUUGCGUAAGAAUUACUGUAUUUUUGUUGUCAAAACUCGUUACAGAGUUUUUACUAACUGAUUAAUUGCAUUUUGUAGCUUGUAUUUAGAAGGAUCAGAAUGGUAAAUAUGGUAAUUUCGACUGAAUUUUAAAUUAAACUAUAAGAAUGUAAGUUCAGCCUUAUGAUGUUAAGAUUUUAUGUUAUUUUAACCUGUAGGUUAAUGGGCAUUAAAUACGAAAUAACCAAUUUGAUCGCUAACUUAUAAGGUUGUAAUAACAUAAAGUAGUAAAACAUAAGUUUAAUUGCUAGAUUAUACUCAAGAAAAGAAAAUUUUCUUUAUUAUAAAGAACUUUUAUAGAGAAUAUAAAGUGUUAUGAAUGGUUUUUAAUAUAAGAAGAGUAUAUCUACCUACCAAUGUAUUAAAAAUUAAUACUAUAAUAGUAUAUAUGCCAGUUUUAUAUGAAAAUAAUAAUUUUAACUCUUAAAUAUUACUGCCACAGUGUUAGUACCAAGUCCGGCUUAUUCUUGUAACAAGUAUUUUUUUAAUGAAAUUAAUUUUAAAUAUUAUUUUAGUUGAGCUUGCUUUUAUUUUACGUUAAAUUUUGUUAAUAAAAAUAAGUCGUGUGUAUAGAAAACCCCAAAUUAAAUUUUAGGAAGGAUUUUACGUUAAAUGGGACAUUUUUUGAUUGUGCAUUUCGAGUUUAUCGUACUAAUUAAGAGUUAUUGUUUUUUUUUAUUGUAAUUGUAAAUAUUAGUGCCUCGUGUAAAAAGAUAUAAUUAAGAUGUUAAGAAAGAAAUCUAUUUUUGUAUCUUUGUAAUUUGUUGUUUUGUUUCUUGUAAUAUAGUUAAAUGUUU